AUGAGGCGGGAAGAAGAACACCCAGUGAGGAAGGAUUGGGCAAUUCCAAAGAAAAAGAAAGGAAGAGGACGCCCGUUAGCCACGUGGUGGACAACCGUAAUCAUAAUAACUAUAAAGGAUCUGGAACAAGCAAAGCUUGAAAUACAGACAACUCAAGAUAGAAUAUCUUGGCGCAUACAAACGAGGAGAGCUGAACCCCAAAUAAAGGGACAAAUCAAGGAAGAGGAAGACUUUUAUAAUAACCUAACGUAA